CGUUUUAUGCAUUUUCGGGAGGCCUCGGGAGAAUUUAUCAACUUCCGGAGAGAAACUCGAGAUUUUAAAGAAUGUUUUGAAUUUUUAUUUAUAAUCUAUUUGCCGUAGAAGUUGCUACCUUAGAGUCAGGAAGGAUGGCAACAGGACAGUUACAGACAGGGCUCCCCCAACUCACUCAGGCCCCGCCCACCAUGUCACAGGUAGACAGGGAGAAAAUCUACCAGUGGAUCAUAGAGUUGACAAACCCUGAAACCCGCGAGAACGCCUUACAAGAACUCAGUAAGAAGAGAGAGGCAGUGCCAGACCUGGCUCCCAUGUUAUGGCAUUCAUUCGGGACUGUCGCUGCUCUUCUGCAGGAAAUUGUCAAUAUUUAUCCAGCAAUCCAUCCACCCCACCUCACGGCUCAUCAGUCAAACAGAGUGUGCAAUGCCUUGGCCUUGUUACAGUGUGUGGCAUCACACCCAGAAACGAGAUCGGCAUUUCUUCAGGCCCACAUUCCACUGUUCCUGUACCCGUUUCUUCACACCAUCCAUAAGACACGCCCAUUUGAGUAUCUAAGACUGACCAGCCUGGGGGUGAUAGGUGCUCUAGUCAAGACAGAUGAACAAGAGGUGAUAACUUUCCUUUUGACGACUGAGAUCAUUCCUCUUUGUCUGCGUAUAAUGGAGGCAGGAAGUGAACUCUCAAAAACGGUAGCUACAUUUAUUCUUCAGAAGAUUUUAUUAGAUGAAUUAGGCCUCUCAUAUAUAUGUCAGACGUAUGAAAGAUUUUCACAUGUUGCCAUGAUUUUGGGGAAGAUGGUGCUACAUUUGUCCAAGGAAAUGUCUGCCAGGUUGUUAAAGCAUGUUGUCCGGUGCUAUCUGAGACUUUCUGAUAAUCCCAGGGCAAGAGAAGCACUCAGACAGUGUCUGCCAGACCAACUCAAGGACAAUACGUUUUCUAGUUGUAUGAAGGAUGACAAUGCCACGAAGAGGUGGCUAAUGCAGUUGCAGCAGAACCUGGAGGCCCCCGGGAUUCCUGACCCCAGAAGUAUGCCCCUCCACCAGCAGUGAUCACGGAGAGGUGAUUCCUGACUUCAGAAGUACCCCCCCCCCUACAGGGCUACACCAGCAGUGAUAAGGGGGAGGUGUAAAGACAGACCUUUGUGUGGGGUUUCUGUCACGCUUAACCUGUCAAUGAUCUCAGAUAUAUGACAGGUUAAGUAACAUUUGUAAAUAAAUCAUAAUUGUGGACAAAAA